AUGUGUUUUGCUGUUUGUGAAAUUUCGGAAGCGAUCACAGUUUUAUAAAUAUUUUACCCUCUGCAUCAAUAUCUUCUCGUACAAAAUGAUAACUACGAUACUGAGAAGCGGUAGAACCGCCUUAAUAGGUUACAUAAACACGGUUCAACGCAUUCAGCCGGCGUUGGCCGCAACAGCUUACAGACUCUACCGUACGGAUAGUGACACGCCGAUAGAACUUAAGGAAAACCCAUUUGCAAAGCAGAAAGUUGAAUGCAUUUUGUGUAAGCACGACAUCAAUCCGGAUUACAAAAAUGUCCAGCUACUGUCCCAGUUCCAGAGCCCGUACACUGGUCGUGUGUACGGCAGGCAUAUUACUGGGUUAUGCAAAAAUCGUCACGAGCAGGUGGAACGGGAAAUCAUUAAGGCACAGAAUGCUGGAUUUAUGCCGACUUACCAUAAAGCUGUUGAUUUUCUGAACGAUCCGAAGUUAUUCGAUCCGGAAAAGGCUGUUCGACCGCAUAAGUUCUAAGCCUGUUUUGCAAAUAUAUGGUUUGCAUAUGUAUACCAUACAUGCAAAUAAAUGAGCAGUAGAAGAUUCUAAAAAACAU